GGAUUUAUUUGCACGCUAAACGCGGAACGAGCUGGUCGUAAAGUUCGCGUUUCGCAUAACAGUCGAUAAUCGUGCCGAGCGGCGACUGUGUGUGUGUGAUGUACUAUAUAGUAAGCAGCCAUAGCGCUAAUAGGGCUCAAUAGUCCCAUAAACCUGUUGGAAUCUAGCUGCACUUGAAGCUAACGUAACUCCGCCCGCAAAGUCAUAAAACGAUGACGACCAAAGCAGACGAGGGCAGACCAGCGGCGACAAUGAUGCAUGCAGCCACCGGCAGACCCACCAGACCCCCCCCACUAACCAUCAACGUGCCGGUGGCCUCCACCGAGGCGCAGACCCCCUCGCCUAGUCACAGGAGCUCCAUUGUCAUCGAGAGUCAGCCUAAGCGUCGUGUCAGCAUUUCCCCUGAGACUCCGCCGCUGGCAUCCAGUAAUUCGGGCUUUGAUAAUCCCGCCUUUGAGCCAGUCUAUAUGCGUAAGAUAUCGCAGACCUCAAUACAUUCAUACCUCGACAAUGGACCGCUUGGGCGCAGGAGAAGCAUCCUGAAGGACUCACCACUUCCAAACGACAAUGACAGUGUCGAUCGUAUAUCGAUGCACAGUUUUGAAAACUACAGACAGAGUGCGCUGGACGUGCUUAAUGCCAAAAACAAUAAUCUGCAGGCAGUACACGAAUCCUGGCAUAGCAAUAGCAAUUACGUGGAGCAAUCGUGGAUCUAUAAUUUAUGCUUAAAGUGUCGCACAGAGGAGCCAUCCGCCUCAUGGGAGCCACCUUUCUGGCAAAAGAUAUUUCCCUAUCCGCUCUGCCCCACCUUCAGGACCUUCUCCCGCCUGGUCUCGCUCAUUGCAAUUGGUGCGUUACUAUGGAUCGUAUCAUUUGUGAUCAUUGGACAUGCGGCUGCCCCUGGCGGGCAGCUCUUCGAUUUGGUGGUACUCACGGUUGCCGCCAAUUUUGGUGGCUACAUAAUAUCAUUGACCACCCUGCCACGCCUCAUUGGCAUGCUGCUGGUAGGGCUGCUAUUUCAGAACGUGGGCUGGGUGGAUCUCGAUGGCGACUUCUCUAAGGUGACAACGCACCUGCGUAAGUUUGCCUUGACCAUAAUCCUGACUCGAGCUGGCCUCGAAAUGGAGCCGGAAGCCUUCAAGAAGGUCUACAAAACGAUUCUCAAGCUGGGCAUCGUGCCCUGGAUUGUGGAGGCGGCUGUCAUGACGGUCAUGUCGCACUAUCUGCUCGACCUGCCCUGGAUGUGGGGCUGUCUGCUGGGCUCCAUCAUUGCCGCCAUCUCUCCGGCUGUCGUCGUGCCGUGCCUCUUCAGGCUGCGCACCAAGGGCUACGGCGUGGUCAAGGGCAUUCCCACCUUGGUGGUGGCCGUGUCUGGAGUGGAUGAUGCCAUCUCGGUGGCCAUUUUCGGCAUCAUCAGCACCAUCAUGUUUUCGGAUCGUGGACAAGUCUACCUGAUAGCCCAGGUGCCUGUCUGCUUGAUUGGCGGUCUGGGCUUUGGGAUUAUCUGGGGACUGCUGGCGCGCGUCUUUCCCGAGAAGGGCGACGCCUAUGUGGUGCCCCUUCGCACGCUGCUGCUUUUCGUUGGCAACCUGGUGGCCAUCUACGGAAGCGAGGAGCUGGGCUUCGAGGGCGCUGGCCCGCUGGGCGUGGUCUUCUCAUCUUUCAUAUCGAACUACUACUGGUGCAAGGAUGGCUGGACCAUCGACGACAAUCCCGUUGGCACUGGCUUCGAGAUCUUCUGGAUGAUCUUCGAGCCCAUUCUGUUUGGCGUGACGGGCGCCACGAUCAAGAUACGUGAGCUGGACUCGGGCGUGCUCUACAUGGGCGCCCUUUGCAUCUUCACAGGCGUCAUCAUACGCAUCCUCAUCACGGCCGGCAUUGCCUUCGGCGAUCGCCUGAACACCAAGGAGAAGUUCUUCGUGGGCCUCUCCUGGAUGGCCAAGGCCACGGUGCAGGCUGCUCUGGGGCCUGUCGCUCUGAGGCAUCUGAAUGAGAAUUCCACAGACGACGAGCGCCAUUGGGCCAGAAUCGUGCAAGCCAUUUGCAUAUUUAGUAUUUUACUGACGGCGCCACUGGGUGCGAUCCUCAUCUCUGUGACUGGGCCCCGAAUGUUGACGAAGACGAAACAAGCGCAGCAGAAUCUCACUGGCUGGCGUCGUCCCUCCAUACGCGACAUCAGCAUCAUCGACGAGGAGGAGCGAGAAGAUCCGGAGUUGACGGCUGACAAACAGACCCAGAAUAAUACCCAAAACAAUUCACAGCAUCCAAACUUUUCAUAUAUUAGCAAUAAUUAAUAUGAGAAUUGUGUUGUUGUAAGGACUAAUUAAAGUUUUUUUUUUUUUUUUAUAAACAAUGAAAUACUAGAAAUGCACCUUUUAUCUACUAAAGUCAUUUUCCAUAUUCCAUAAUCCAUAUGAUAAUCAUAUGGAUUUUUCUUCUCAAACUAGGUGAGUACUUAAACAAAUAUUUAGUUUUCUUUAUGUAAAAAUCUUGUCAACUGAGUUUCAUAUCUAAUUUAUGUGUACGAUAUGUAGUUUUCCAAGUUUGUCCUUUCAUAAAUCAAAAAUUAAUUUUAGAUUGUUCUGAUACUAAGAGUCAACACAUUCUGCCUGCUUCUCUGAUUCUAGCUCCCAAAGUUUUAUUGAAGAACAAAUUUUUUUUAGGUAUGAGCAAAAUACAAAAAAAUGAUAGCCCAACAUUCCGCAACUUACAUUUUGGAAUUUAAAAAUAUAUGGUCUAAGAAAAGAUUUUAUUUAGUUUGCUUUAAAACGAAAAAUAAAUUCCUAAUUAAUCUGACGAUUCAUGUCGAACAUUAGUAAAGCGAAUAUUUUGUAAUUAUUUAACUUAGGUGUCAUUCUUGGAACUUAUGAAACUUCCCCGACAAGUUUGGCUAAUGAAUUCGCAUCACAUAACGAAAUACGGAGGGGGGACAUAGAGUGAGAGCCCGCUGCAAUUGACUAUUAAAAUAUAUUUUAUGGCCUUUUGUUUACUUUGCUCGCGUAGACUAUAAAAUAACAAACGAACUAUGUAUUAUUCAACUCAUUUACGCUCACAUUAAAGAUCAUUAAAGUGAUUGAAAUAAUUGCUGAAGAACUGAAAAUUGAUAUACUAUAAUAUUUUCUCCUAAGCAAUUAAUUAAAUUUGUAUUAUUUUAGUUUCGGUUUUUGUUUUUGGUUUUCAUUCAUGGGUAAAUAGAUUUAACUGGCUGUAUUGACUGUUUAUAGGUUGAAAGUUAAGUAAAAAUAUAAGACUAAGGAAAUUUGCAGUCCCCUUGGAU